AUGUCCCCCAAUCAAGACCCUCCUUGUCAUGGUGAGAGGGCUCACGAGCCAUUAUAUCGCCCGUGUCAAGACUUCCACACUCCGGACCUGUAUUUCAUUAGAGCUCAAAAGCCGCCGACCUUAACUGGUUGGAGUCGGAAGGUAUUGUCUCCACCUGCUACUGCCAGCAAACAAACACUGAAGGAAAACAGUAAACCAUUACGAGAAGGCCACUAUAAACUGAACCGAUACAUAAAGAGAAUACGGACCAUUUACGCCUGA